UAGUAAAAUGCGGGUUUUUUGUAUUUUCGAAAAGUGUGGUAACCAGCGAAAACAAGUGGGAGAUGAUAUCUCAUACUUCAGUUUCCCCAAGAACACGGUUCUGCUGCGGGAAUGGAUGGAUUUUAUUAAUCAAUACAACGUAAGCAAACUGACAUUGAAAACGCUGAACCGCAAGAGAAUGAAGAUGUGUCAUCUACACUUUGAAAAAAAGCAGAUUAUUAUGAAUUUCAACAAUCGUACCCUGUGGCGCGGUGCGGUUCCCUGCUGUCCACCCGGAAUUAUUGAUGAAGAGCACUUCCAAAAUUUUUCGAGAAAAAGCAAUAAACACAAAAAAUCAACAUGUACCGAUUCAAAAUAUUCACCGUUGCAAACAUCAUUCGAUGGCAAACCUCCUCUGUACCAUUCCAUGCACGGCUAUAUGGUCGAUUUACGGAUCGCUGCACUGCAAGACAAUUUUCGUCUGCCUAGCGGCAAGGUGAUACAGGUUCGUAGACAAUUGAAAGCGCAAUUGCCAACAUUGCCACAGUCAUCGAAUCUCCAAGAGCCGGCAAAGUCGGAAACAUCGGAAAAAGAAGCUGAACUUCAAAACAGUUUGUCGGAAUCAUUGCAAAAUGAAACUCAGUCUGAUGAAACUGAGGUGGCAUAUUCAGCCAAUACAACUAUCCAGCCAGAAUCUUCGACAGACACAUCACCAAGCCAACGGUAUUCCAAAACCUAUACCAAUAAGCGAGCAUUGAAUCAUUCGACAGCACGGGGCAAAGAGAUUUGCCAACCCUCGCGACCAGUCAGACCAUCAUCCAUGGAUUUAAUAACCCUACAAGAGCAGACAAAUGAAGAACCAACUACUGUAGAACUUCCAACAACGAUUGAGGAAACGACUACGGUUUUAAACCUACCAAGGAUAACCAAAAAGGCUUCCAAACGGUCUGUAUCCGCAAAUAAAAAUUCUAUGCCAAAUUCGACUCCGGCAUCGGAAGCAGGCUCUCACUCACGACCUCCUCAGAAAACCGCUCAUCUCGGAAAUCUAGUUCCGCCAACACUAACAGCAAUCCAAGGCUUGAUGUAUAAAGGAUACAAAAAGAACGAAUACGGAACCUUCCAGAAGCAGUUCGAUGAUCAACUAAUCUCAGCCGCUGAAACGUCGCUUCACAUGGUGUCUAAGAUAAAUACUCUGCUCAAUUCGAAUCCCUACAAACACGCAUCCAAUAGAGGUGAUCUAAAAGAGCUGUAUAUUACCGUGUCGUACUUUCUGAAGUAUGCCAUAGAUCGGUUUAAGGGUCUAGAAGAAGAAGCAAUAAAUGGCAUUCGAAGUAUGGGAUAUACGGAGCUAGCGGACAUGGGUCCUGUGUUGGGCGAAUUGGCAUCUACGGAAAAUCAGAACAGUUCGGAUUCAGAGUCUGAUGAUGACUGUGCAAUCAUCGAGCAGCAGACCGAUUUGAUUGAAAUUGAAUCAGACGCAGAAUCAGAUGCGGAUUCGGAGCAGACAGUUAACAGUUCGCCCAUGAAAAAUACUCCGGAUAGCAUUUGUUCGAAUAGUGGGAACAUGACUGAAGACGGGAAUGGAUGUGAAACAACUGCAGAAAACACUGCAUCCUUUGGCUGCCAGGCAGCCAUUGAAUCCGCGGUUGACUUGAACUUACCAGGAACUGAAGAGACACCAUCGCCGAUGGAUGAAUCAGAAGAACUGCAAAUGAUAGUGAUGCAAGAAACUACAGAAACAACUGAAAUAACAUAUUACCAGGAAGACGAAGAGAGGGCAGAUGAUAUGGCAUUAGAUUUAAGAGAUGAACCACCCCUCAAUAUUGAAGGAGAUUUAUCCGACGCGAGCAUGGAAGAGGAACAGGAAUUAAUUGAAAUAAUCGAUGGAGAUGCAGAGAUAGAGCAAGAUGAUCGACACGAUUAUAAGGUAGUGGAUCUCAUUGAUGGCGAGUUUUAUCUGUUAUCAUAAGAUGAUUGAAAUCGACUGAUUUCAACGUAUGACAGGUACGCCUGGUCUGGUGAAGUUGUACAAAGUACGAUAAAAGUGCUAUUUAUUCGAAUG